CACACACACUUUUCUAACUCUUAGGUAUUUUGUAUCUAAAUGAUAUAAGAAUGAUUUAAAUCAGACUUUCCCAAAUGGCUAUGAUUGAUAUGAAAAAUGGCAAAAAUGCACUCACACGAGAUGAAAUUAGCCGUAGACGGUAGACAUUAACAAUUUACUCAUACAUGCAUUUAAUAUUAUAACUACUGAUCAGUAAUGUACUACUUCUAUCUUUGUCUCAUAAUAUUUGCCUCAUAUCUUUUACGUUUGGUUCUAUACUACUUUCAACUAUAAGCACCAUAUCUUUACAAGAAUUACACCCCACCAAUCCACCACUUUGGUCAAUUCCUUUCAACCAAAAAAAAAAAAAGUAUUCAUCCCCUAAUAGAGCAAACAAAGGGAGAUAGAGCCAUAGAGGCACUAGUUAGCUUAUAUACUUUGUAACAAUUCGAAUUUCAGUUCAGUUCAAUUCAGCUACAAAUUUCCCUCUCUUAUAAAAUAUUCAUUUCAACUCAGUUCAGUUCCGUUCGACUUCAAUUAAUUCAGCUCGAUUCAGUUCAGUUCAGUAAAUAUGAACGGGCGCCAAGUAUGUAGUGUUAGUUUAUUUUAGAAAUUUUUGUUGUAUCAUCUAAUUAUGCCUAUCUAAUUAAUAUUAUAAUAGAUUAUUUUGUUGUCCAUUAAUUUGUAGUUGACGGGUGCCCUACCAUCCUCGAAAUCACGGUUCCGACACUGGUGUAGAACACAGUUCCGACUUCCGAGUUUUCCAAUUUUAUCGAAACAGGGCGUCAUUGAUUAAUUUUUAAAGAUCAAACUUUUCCAGAAUUCGAAUUCGACAGUCGCUCGCUCACUUUUAGGAUAUAAAGGGAAGAAUUACAUUGUUAACAAUGAGAGCUUCAAUGAGGAAGCUGAUAGCACCUCAAAUGAAGCACCUUCAACAAACAACACCCACUGUAACCCUAGCUCCGAUCCCUCAGCUUGGAGCCGCCUUCCCCACCCCGUUACCCACUCUUUCUCUAACCUCACCAACCACGCAAUCCCAGCUCUUAACCUUCCUCAAGAUACACCUUAGAUCACCAAUAACCUCGCAAACUCUCCUCCACUUCCUCAAGAACAAGCUGCAUUACCACCCAAAAUUCACCCACCUUGACUUCCAUAUAUUCCAGUGGGCCAGUACCAUUGAUUCUUAUCGCCAUGACCAUCAUACUUAUGAAUGGAUGAUCAGGACCCUUGCUGUUUCUGACCGCUUUGAUGCCCUCCGAGUAGUGGUCCUUGAUAUUAUGCCCUCUAAACCGUGCCCAUGCGCUGACGGAAUCUUUUGUUGCCCAAGGAUUGAACCUAUAUUUAGAUUCGCCAUCAAUUCUUACUGCAGAGUUGGGAGACUGAAUGAUGCUUCACUUGCUUUUGAUACUAUGAAAAAAUUGAUUGAUGGGAAGCCUAGUGUUGCUGUUUAUAAUAUUUUGAUUCAUGGGUUUGUCAAAAACGGUCAGCAUGAUAAGGCAUUGCACUUGUAUGAUCAGCUUAUUCUGGAUCGAGUUAAGCCUGAUGUGUUUACUUUCAAUAUAUUGAUUAGUGGCUAUUGUAAAAGUAAUCGUUUUGGCUCAGCUUUGGAGCUGUUUAAGGAAAUGCGAGCGAAGAGUUGUGAACCGAAUGUGGUUAGUUUCAAUACUUUAAUAAGAGGGUUCUUUAAGGAGAGAAAAUAUGAGGAAGGGGUUGCCAUGGCAUAUGAGAUGAUUGAUAUGGGGUGUCAAAUUUCAACUGUAACUUGUGAGAUUUUGGUGAACGGGCUUUGCAAGGUAGGGAGAAUGUUAAGGGCAUCUGAGUUGUUGAUUGAUUUAUCAAGGAAAAGAGUUUUGCCAGAUGGAUUUGAUUGCUCUGAUCUUGUUGAGAGCCUUUGCAGUGGAUCAAAUGCAAUUAGAGCAUUAGAGGUUGUGGAGGAGAUGUGGAAAACAGGGAAAAGUCCUGGCAUCAUUGCUUGUAGUACUUUGGUAGAAGGUUUGAGGACUUCUGGAAACAUAGAAGAUGCACUGAGGUUCGUCAACAAGAUGCUAAAAGAGGGUAUCAUGUUAGAUAGUGUGACUUUUAACUGUCUCCUUCAAGAUGCUAGUCAUUUGGGAAGAACUGCUGAAGCUGAUAGAUUGAGGUUGUUGGCUUCUAGCAAGGGUUUAGAUGCUGAUGAUGUAACCUACAACAUAUUAGUUGCUGGUUACACAAGGGAAGGUAAAACAAAAGAAGGAGAGCUCCUGGUUGAGGAGAUGUUGGACAAAGACUAUAUUCCUGAUAUUGCCUCCUACAACAGAUUAAUAGAUAGGCUGCAUAACAUUUGAAACUUUGCUGGUUCAGGGCGAAAUACCAAACUAAGGUAAUCAAGAGGCACAUCAAUAACAUUUUUUUACCUGCAUUAAUGCCAAAUAGCAUGAUUGAAAUGGUGAAAGGCUGUGGAAUGAAUGGUGACAAAAAAGAUAGCAUUACAGGCUAUAGCCUUUUCACCUCUAAGCUGCUAACGACACCUUCCUUGCUCCCUUCAACCCCUCGAUUGAUCUAAUGCACUGAUGAUUCAGUAGAAGGCAAGGAGAGCAAUCUAGCAUCAAAGAUAAUAUGCUUUAACUGUCUCAUCUCCAAAGCCAGUGCAACUUGCUUUUUGUCAAAGGUAAGGACUCUUAUGCAUGUUUGUCCCUUUUUUUUUUUCCUGAUGUUGCUUUCCUUGAGCAUUAUUUGCUACUGUCCGGGAAUUUCUAUAGUGGGACUAGGUAUGCGGUAGCAGAUAAGAACGAAGAAAAGUUGCUUGUGAAGUGGCAUAGCAUCCUCUGAAUAUAAAGAACAAGUAUACUAUGUAAGCGAAUCUCAUAUCGCAAUUCUGUGAGGUUGGUAUUUUGCUCUUCUGUGACUUGAUCAACUGCAUAACUAGGGUACUCAGUUGGGUAGUGUUAUAAAGAGUAAAUCUGUCCUGGUUUUGAUGUACUAGAAAGUGAUCUUCUGGUUUUCUUUAUCCCUGAUUUGUGUUCAGGGAUCUGAUAUGUAUUGUUGUUAUCUUUGAUAAUUAUAACCCAAGGUGAGCUUUUAGAAUUAGAUAGGCUGUUAAAUUAGUGUUGGGGGAAAUUUGGAGUGCAUGAUUAAUUGCUGGGUAAUUUUUGUGAUGGUUAACCCUUUCAUAGAUUUGUAAAUGCACUUUUGGGAGCAAGUUCAUGCAGAGAACAUAUCUAGUUUGCAUAACAGCAGUAAAUUGUUCGAAGAUUUGAUGCAAGAGCUCAUGUGCAAGAAGAUUUUCAUUAUUAAUCAGGAGCUAUCACCAAUACAUUGAUUAUGAUCCAACUAUUUGCUCUAUUAAAAAAGAAAUGAUAAAAAGCAAAUUGCAGCUAUUAGAGGUUGGAUAUUUUCAAAUAAAAGUAGAUGACAAGCUAUAAUCUGUGAAACAGAAAAUUCAGUCCAUAACUAACUUGGCCGCUGAAGGUUUUUUCUUUUUGGUUAUAAAUUUUACAAGUAUUAUUUAUUUGAUUAUCAUUUAACAUAAGUAGAUAUUGGUUUUGUGAGUAUUCUGAAGUUAACUAAUCUUUUAUGGGCGAAGUAGAAACAGUGAGAGAUCACUGCCUCAGUCAAAAUCUAAAGCUAAAGCAUUGCUUACUUUUCUUUUUUCACAGGUACUAAUUACUAAGGCACCCGUGACUGAUAUAUGCUAGUAGGGAGAUCAUUGAAUGUAUUGGCACAGCUGAAUCUGAAUGCAGUGCCUCAUUCUCUUCGGCCAUAAUGAAAUAGGGAUGAUUCAAAUUCGAUGCAGUCUUUGCCUCUACAGUCUGCAGUCUCAGUGUCCAGCUGAUAUAGAAUUAGCACAAAUUUAAUGAUGAUGUUUUAUGUCGAAUGGUUGUGUUUUCAGUAGGAAGAACUGAUGGAUGGUGGCCAUUGUUCAACUUGAAGUGGACAUACACCUACUGACCUACAUACCACCAAGGCAGGGGGGAUGUAUCGAUUUUUGAUUUGUGGGCAUGUAUUUUAUCCCCGCUUAUUUAGAAAACUACAUGUCAUUUUCUA